UUGACCAAACAGAGAGGCCCAUCUGAUGACUUAGAUUCAAACAUUUCUGUAAGUGAGAUUCUGGGAAAAGCUAGCGCUGUGUUGUUUCCGAGUCUGGAUGAUUCUGUGAGUGAAGACAGUAACAGUGAAGUUUUCAGCAACACUCCUGUGGUGAUUUCAGGUAGAGGCAAGAUGGCGGAAGGGGGCCGCGAACCCACCAACAAAGACCUGAUGGAUUUUAUGAAAAAUAUGGGAGAAAAAUUGUCAGUAAUGGAAAAGAAAUUGAACAAAAUUGAAACACUUGAACGCAAGGUUAUGGACUUUGAAAAAGAUAUAAAAAAGAUAUGGGUAGCUCUUGAAGACCGAGUUAAGCGUACCGAUGAGCGGGUAGGCAAGCUGGAGGACAAGGUGGAUUCGGUCGACGUUGAGGCGGCGCAGAUGGCGGACAGGAUGGCCACCUUGGAAAAACAGCGGGAGGAACUUCGGGACGAUGUUGCGUACUUGAAGUCGCAAUCUAUGAGGAACAAUCUUUUUUUUACUAAUAUCUCCGAAGAUAAUUCCACCGGCAACGAGUCCGCUGAGGUCACCGAAGACAAGCUCCGCCAACACCUUCAGGAUACCCUCAAGCUCGCGAAGGAGACGGUCGAGUCCAUUCGCUUUGAACGUGUUCACCGGUCGCCAGGUCAACCAGUGCCGGGCAGGAUCCGCAACAUCGUUGCAAAGUUCACGUUUUUUAAGGACCGGGAGGUAGUAAGGAGACAAUGGAAGCAUUUGGCGGGGACGGGCCGUCAAAUGUACGAGCAGUUUCCACCGGAAGUACUGGACAAACGCCGCAGGCUAGUGCCCAAGAUGAAGGACGCCAGGAAGGAGGGCAAACGUUCAUGGAUAGUGUACGACACCCUGUACGUAGACGGCAAGCCGGUGAGGAGCUAGGGGCACGACGGAGGUGAACUUUCGGUUCUUUCAUGGAAUGUUCAUGGACU